UCACUAGGUGGCACGAAUGUCGCCUCUUAAUUUCGACUGCUGCACUAGCGUUAUUACUAACGUAAAUAUUAAUUAUUAUACAGGCUACUGAUCAUCAACAUCAUGGAUGAAGAAUUAGAUUCUUUGCGUGCAAAACGUCUUGCCGAGUUACAGCAGAAACAUGGGCGACAAGGAGGUGCUCCAGGAGGCGGAGAGGAUCAGCAGAAGCGAGCCGCACAGGAAGAAGAAAUGAAGAACAACAUCCUGUCACAAGUCCUCACUCAGUCGGCUCGCGCUCGUUUGAACACAAUUGCUAUAGCAAAGCCAGAAAAGGCCAAGUCAGUAGAGCACAUAUUGCUGAAUAUGGCCACAUCUGGACAAAUACAGCAAAAGCUCGAUGAAGAUCAACUGAAAUCUCUUCUAGAGCAAAUAAGUUCACAGACUACAAAGCAGACAACAGUCAAGUUUGAUAGAAAAAGGGCUCACAUGGAUUUUGACGAUGACUUCUAGGGAAGCUGGCUUCCAUCAAGUGUAGCGUCGGCAAUCUGCGCAUAUCAGAUUUUUUUUGUACUUGCGGUUAACUACCAAAGUGGUUUCUUAUUGCCGAGUAACUAAAUAUGACAGCAGGUACCCAUCUGAUAUGAGAAUGACUAGGGCUCAAAUUUCAUUAUGGCACCAAUGGAAAAUGCUGUAGUUGCUAUUCUUGCUUAAAGGGAAUGUAUGCCUUCCGCCCUAAAAUUUCGGGUGAAACUGAACGUUACACUUGCCUAGCCAAAAGACCUGCGAUUCGACCACAUGAAAAGAAAAACUAUCUAUUGUGUAUCCAAGGGCACAGAGUUCUAGGGCACAUGACAUGUAGUAGAGUAACCACAAUAAUGCAUACACAGUGGCGGUGUUGUUUCGAGAGGAAGGUGAAUUUAACGAGUGCACAUGGCAUUGGUAUUAUUGCCAAGCUCUACUAAUCCCUUGACUUUGCACCAAAAGGUAUGCUAAUGAUAGUAAUUCUUGCGAUAAAAGGAUACUUGGUGACAAUUAAUUGACUUUUAACUUUGCUUGUGUUUUUGCAUGGGUUGUGCCUGUCUUUUCACGCAUCUUGGAUUGAUCAUUCACAUUUAAAUUAGUGUUCAUUCAAAUAUGGACGUCUUGUAUGCCAAAGCAACACAGUGAUUGUCUGUCCUCCCUACCUCUUAUGGUGAAUUAAUUUUAACUGCUAAAAAAUCAUCCAUAUGUUAUAAUAAAGAUGAGUAGCUAACUGACA